AGUCGCGCAACGUCUCCAUUCGUGUGCAGCGGAACACGCACAGAAAACUGAGCAAGAAGGGAAAGAAGGCUGCUGCGCUUGCUUUGGUUCCACCUGUGCCUCUUUCAAGCUUACGCACACACAUACACACAGAGAGAGUGAUCCCCAACUACGACAGCCGCAAUGUCCGCGACGGUGACGAGUCCCGCCUUCAAGGUAAGGGCGGACACACCCAGCCUGCCGCGUGGCAUGGACCCCGCCUAUUACGCGCUGAGCCUCCUGCGCCGCCGUCGGUUGGAGGACUGCAUAAAAGUGGGCACCCGUCAUCUAACGCUGCCCCCAGCAGCAGCACCAGCAGGCAGUCCCACGUCCCCCCUGCGCGGCAGCAAGGCGAUGGAUGAGAGCAUCUGGUUUAUUCAAACGAAAGCGAUGGUGCAGCAAAGCUGGUACGACGACGCCGGCAUCGAAGACGACGGCGUGGACGACGUGCUGAUGGAAGGGGAGCAGGCCGUCGUCAGCACCGCCCAUCGCCCCAACACGUCGCUGCGUAGUGCACGGCAGGGCACCGGCGCGGCGGGCGUCGGCAGCCGCGCUGGAAGACUUGGCUCGGCGGCGGGGGCGGGUCGACCGGUGAGCAGCCGCUACGGCUACGCACGGCCCGGCACGUUGCAAAGCCGGCCGGGUUCGGCGCGGGCGGGGCCCGGCGGGACCGCCGUCCGCCCCGUCACGGGCCGUUUUAUCCGCCUCGGCACGGCGUCGUUACAGUCUGUGCCGGGGGGUCCACACAUCAACGUGCAGGCCCUCCCGCUGGAGCGCUACGCACGCGAGAAGCCGAUGGUGGCGAAGCUUCUGUGCGACUACCUGCUCUACGUGGAGCACAAACCCAAGUUGGCGCUGGAGCUGUGCACCGCCGCGCUGAAGGCCGCCAAGCCAGUUCCUGUGCAGGUGCCUAGCUCGCCGUUGAAAGGGACAGGCGGCGCCGCCGCUCCCGGUCUGCCGCCGAAGCUGCCGAUGGGUCCUGGGGGGAUGGGACUUCCGCCGGUGUUGCCCAUGGGUCCCGGUCCGGUCCCCAUGCCACCGCGCUCCCCUGUCGGUGCGGCGGCUGUGGCUGCGGGGACACCGCCGCCGGCGGCCCCCAAUGCCCCCUCCACGGUGCAGGAGCAAGUCGGCAUCACCAACGCCAAUGACUGGUGGUGGAAGGCGCGUCUGGCGAAGGCGAACUACCAGCUCGGGCUUCUGCGGGAGGCGGAGAAGUACUUGAAGGCGGCACUUUUUGACCCGCCCAGUGAUGCCGCGGGAUGGAGUUUCAUGAACCAGGGCGGUGGUCGCAACAGCAGCAGCCAAACCGGCGCGACAUCGACGGCCUUCCAGCGUGGCCGAACCUUCGCCAACUACAACACGAGUGUCGUGAUGGAGCUCGGUAAGGUGUACCUGAAGAUGGACCAGCCGCUGACCGCGUUGGAGCUGUACGAGGCCGCGCUGCAGUCAAACCCAGUCGAUCACCACGUCGUGCUGUGCUGCGCACGCCUGCGGGAUGAACUGCACGAGCCCGGCACCGCCUACGACUUGUACAACCACGUCCUGCACCUCAACAGCAGCAACAUCGAGGCCAUCGCCUGCAUCGGCGCCCACCUCUUCUACGAGAAGAACCAACCAGAACUCGCCUUACGAUACUACCGGCGCCUGCUGCAGAUGGGUGUGCACACGGCGGAGGUCUGGACGAACAUGGGGCUCUGCGCCUUCUACACAUUCCAGGCGGAGGUGAGUCUGAGCUGUCUCUCGCGGGCCCUGACGCUGUGCAAGGACGACACGCAGCGCGCCGAUGUGUGGUACAACAUCGGUCACGUGGGGAUCGGCAUGGGGAACAUGAACUUUGCAGAGCGGGCGUUUCGCCUCGCCGUCGGGGCGGACGCCACCCACGCGGAGGCGCUGAACAACCUGGCUGUUUUAGCGUUCCAGAAAAAGAAGGAGAAGACGGGACGGCGGCUGCUGGACACGGCGGUGAUGGCGGCGCCACAGCUGACCGAAGCGCUGUACAACACAGCGGUGCUGUCUUUUGAGGCGGGGCAGCUGGAGGUGGCGCAGCAGAUGGUGAUGCGGGUGCUGGAGGUCGACCCAGACCACCCGGAGGCGGUCGUCCUGCGCCGCAAGCUGCGCGAGACCUUCUUGGCCCUGUAG